AUGCCUGCCUACCACUCCGUCUUCUUAGACGAACCAAACCAGCACCUAAUUGGAAACUUCGCCCUCCUCCCCCUCCGAACCCGCACCCGAGGCCCCGCACUCCAGCUACCCCCACUCCCAGCCAACCUCACAGACCUAACCAUCGAUGCCUCGCACGAAUCCUAUGACCCGCUAGACGAGGUCCUCUCGCUGUUCCGCGCCAACACUUUCUUCCGGAACUUCGAGAUCAAAGGACCCGCAGACCGCGUGCUGAUUUACGGAAUUUUGUACGUAAGUGAGGUGUUAGGGAAGAUUAAACCGGGGAUGGGAAAAAGGGAAGCAGAGAAGGCCGUAAUGAACAUCGCCUUGGACACAAAUUUCGCCAUCCCAGGCGACGCCGGAUUCCCACUUAACCAAGCCUUCGAAGCUCCAUCAGACAGGAAUUCAGCGGAGACGCUGCGGCAGUAUCUCAUGCAAGUGCGGCAGGAACUUGCGACGAGAUUGCUGAAUAGGGUGUUUGCAGAUGGGACGAAUGUGCCGAGUAAGUGGUGGUUGAGCUUUACGAAGAGGAAGUUUAUGGGGAAGACUUUGUGA